AAACGACUCCGAGCUCUUGACUUUUAACUCAGCAAAGCAACUCACAUGAGAAAGAGCAGAGGGCGCAGAGAUCUGCUCGACCCAGCAGCAGCAUCACUCACACCUGACAAAACUGAAGCGUUACUCUCAGCUGUGAAUGCAACUUCUUCAAUUUCUUCUUAAAUUUAUGUCUGUAGAAGAUCAGAGAGAAACAAAACAAACAGAAAAAAAAAAUCAUUAGUUAGUGAAGGUGUGGUACCAUGUUGGAAUUAAAUAAGGUGGCACUUCUGCUGUCCUUCCUGGCGUCACUGGCUCUGGGCCAAGGACCUGUGAGGACCAGGAGUCAGUCUGAGAGGGGCAGGAGAGUGGCCCUCAACACGUUCACUGACACACAGACAACAGGCGUGACAGAAUGGACGUCUUGGUUCAAUAUCGACCAUCCUGGAGGGAAUGGAGACUAUGAGCGUUUGGAGGCGAUCCGUUUCUAUUACAGGGAGAGGGUUUGUGCGCGGCCCAUGGCCAUGGAAGCACGCACUACAGACUGGGUGGCAGCGGCAGACACUGGGGAAGUGGUUCACUCCAGUUUGGAGAAGGGCUUCUGGUGCAUCAACAAGGAACAGCCCCACGGCCGUGUCUGUUCCAACUACCAUGUUCGCUUUCAAUGUCCCCCAGUGCAGAGCUACUGGACUAACUGGAGCGAGUGGGGUCCGUGUUCAACCACGGUUUGUAAUGACGUUGGCAUCCAGGUCCGCCAGAGGAAAUGUAUAAACACCCAGCCCAUGCCUCUCCUGCUGGUGCCAGCGUGCCAGGGGCACCAUUCAGAAAGAAGGGAGUGCUCCAACCCUCCAUGUACAGCCAAGUGGAGUCCAUGGGGUCGAUGGGGGACGUGCUCAGUGACCUGUGGGGGAGGACGCAGGAUAAGGAGACGUACCUGUGUGAGGACCUCAGUGACAGUUCAGUGUGCUGGACGGCCUGCGGAAAUUCAGAAGUGUGGGAAGAGUGCAUGCCCAACCAAAUGUCAGCGUGUGUGCACCGAGGGUCGUCCCAGUGAGGACUGCAGCUUGUGCGUGUGUGACAGUCAUGUGCUGCACGGAGAAGUCCACAGUGUGACCGGUGUCCCUGUGGCAGGAGCCUGGGUGGCACUGGCCAGUCAGCCCAAGGUGAUCCGUGCUCGUACAGAUGCCAAAGGUCAGUUCAGGCUCACAGGAGUCUGCUCCUCCAGCUCCACCUUGAUCUCCAUCAGGAAGGAGAAGUUCGCCCUGACAACCGUCUCCACCUCCAGUAACACCACAGGCUUUUCCUGGGUACGGGCUGUCCUCAAAUCAGCUGAAAAGCCGUACAUUGUGAAGCACCCAGAGGACAAAGUACGUUAUGAGGGAGGACGGGUGCAGUUAUGCUGUAAGGCAACGGGAUCACCAGCACCUGACAAAUACUACUGGUACCACAAUGGGACUCUGCUGGACAGGAAGGUGUACAAGUACGAAGAAGACCUUGUUCUGCGAAACCUGAAGCUUGAGCAGUCAGGGCACUACUACUGCAAAACUAGCAGCCCUGCAGGCAGCAUCAAGUCCACUCCAUCCUUGCUCACUGUGAUCGCAAAAGGAACUCCAGCAUGCAAUUCCACCCCUGAGGCGCACCUCAUCAGACUGCCGAUGGACUGUGUUCAACCUGGGACUGAUUCCAUGUACUACAAUGCUGGCCGCUGCCCUCACAACAAAUGUGCUGGCUCCCUAGACUUUGAUAUGCGGUGCAGAGAUGGAGCUACGUUCUGCUGUGGGGUCCAAAAUAUGGAAAGUCGAAUCAUUGACUGUGGGAGCUACAGUCUCCCUAUCCGGGCUGUGACACAGUGCGGCUGUCAGAAGUGUGUGCAGCCAACUGUGCUGGUUCGUGGUAGAGUGGUCACAGCUGAUAAUAAUGAGCCUCUGCGUUUUGGCCACAUCUACAUUGGUAAAGAGAGGGUGGGCACCACUGGGUACCAAGGAAGUUUCACAUUACAGAUUACUCCUGAUACACAGAGAUUAGUGGUAAAUUUUGUUGACCCCACUCAGAGGUUUCUUGAUACUCCUAAAGUUUUCAUCUUUGAUAAGAAAGGUGGAUCCAUCUACCAUGAUGUGAAGGUGAUGAGAAAGCAGACACCAAUUGAUAUCAAUGCAGGUGAGACCAACUCUAUUAACCUAGGGGAAAUUAAAGGGGAAGACCCCAUUGGUCAGUUGGUUAUUCCUCCAAACUCCUUCCAUAAAGACAAUGGAGAAAUCUAUGAGGGAACUGUGAAAGCCAGUGUCACAUUUAUUGACCCAAGAAAUAUCACCACAGCAGCUGCGGCCCCUGGUGAUCUCAACUUUGUGGACGAUGAGGGUGACAUGCUUCCUUUGAGGACCUAUGGCAUGUUCUCUGUGGACUUCAGAGAUGAGAGCAACAAAGAGGUACUUGGAGCUGGAGCUGUUCAAGUCCUUCUUGACACACAGCAUGUCAAAAUGCAAGAGCAUAUUCCCAAAAUGAAACUGUGGUCUUUAAACCCAGACACAGGAGUCUGGGAAGAGGAGGGUGACUUCUCCACCACUACAACAACCACUGGUGGUCAUGGGCGGAGCAAACGUGAGGAGCGCACAUUCCUCAUAGGCAACAUGGAGAUCAGAGAACGACGGCUCUUCAAUUUAGAUGUGCCUGAAAACAGACGCUGCUAUGUCAAAGUCCGUGCCUACAUGAGUGACAAGUUCCUACCUUCUGAACAACUGGAGGGUGUUGUGAUCAGCUUGAUAAACUUGGAACCCAAACCUGGUUAUUCCUCUAAUCCUAGGGCAUGGGGGCGCUUUGACAGCGUCAUAACUGGACACAAUGGAGCCUGUUUACCAGCUUUCUGCGAUGCCCAAAGGCCUGAUGCUUACACAGCUUAUGUCACAGCAAUGAUGGGUGGUGAAGAACUGGAGGCAGCUCCCUCCUCCCCCAAGAUGAAUCCAAACAUCAUUGGAGUGUCUCAACCAUACUUGGAUAAAAUAGACUACCAGCGCUCAGAUCAUGAGGAUCCAGCGCUGAAGAAAACAGCCUUCAAAAUCAACUUGGCAAAGCCUAACCAAAAUAAUCUUGAUGAGACCAAUGGGCCAAUAUAUCCGUAUCAGAAUUUAAUAGCUUGUGAAAAUGCCCCUGUUGAUGCAAAUCACUUCAGAUUCUUCAGAGUGGAAAAGGACAAGUAUGAAUACAACGUUGUUCCCUUUGAGGAGAAUGAUUUGACGACCUGGAUGGGAGACUACCUCUCCUGGUGGCCUAAUCCCCAAGAAUUCAGAGCAUGCUAUAUUAAGAUCAAGAUUCAUGGACCGAAGGAGGUGAUGGUCAGGUCGAGGAAUCUGGGAGGAACACACCGUGCAACAAAAGGCAAACUUUAUGGCAUAAGAGACAUUCGCAGCACUAGGGACAUGCGAGAGGCCAACGCCUCAGCAGCCUGUGUCGAGUUCAAAUGCAGUGGCAUGUUGUUUGACCAAGCUGAGGUGGACAGGUCCCUUAUAUCACUACUUCCUCAGGGGAACUGUCGCAGGAUUGGCACCAACAGCCUCCUACACGAGUAUCUCAUCAAACAUCCACCAGUUGCUCAAAAUAACGAGUCCCAUGCAUUCAACAUGCUAGCCCCUGUUGAUCCUUUGGGACACAACUAUGGCAUCUAUACAGUCACAGACCAGAAUCCCAGGGUGGCCAAGGAGAUCGCUAUAGGCCGCUGCUUUGAUGGCACCUCAGAUGGUUUCUCCAGGGAGAUGAAGUCAGACACUGGAGUGGCUCUGACCUUCAGCUGUCCAGAGAGGAAAAUUAACAGAGAAAGUCUUUUCCAACGUCUGCAGACCAACCCGGGUCAGACUCUGUCUCAGAUGGCAAGGGACAUGAGGGAGUCGGAGGGUCUUCAGGUGCAGAGAUUAUCCAGCCAGAUUGUAGGCUAUCCUUCUGAGCAGCAGAGCAGGACCCAGAGUCGUAGAGUCAGCACUACAACUAGGAGAAGGGUGUCUAUGCGCACACAACAACGCCAAUAGAUGUGCCAGGAGGUCUUCAGUCAAGACUUGUAUGAUGACAUCAUGUCAAGGGAGUAAAAGUUAACCAUCUGUUGAUGAGAAUGGACUCCCUUCAGACUUUGAAAACCGCAAAACUGAGGCAGACAGCAAUUCAGCAAAAUCAAUGAGUGUGAUUAAACAUAUUCAUUAGACUUGUACUUACUUGAAGGUUCUGGUAUAUAAAUUUCUUCCUUCCCUCCUAAAAGACAUGCAUCAUUUGUCUAAAGGCAAUGCAGUGAUUGGCAUUUAUUUAAUUAGCCGUGGUUUAACUUUAGGUAUGAAUAGACUAACUUGACGUUUAAGAAUGUAACUUUUAUAGUUCUAAUUUGUGGCAUUCCACUCUCCCCAUAGUGGUUGUUUUUGCUGAGGUCUCUCAACGCUUGAGUUGAAACCAAACCUUCAAAAACUGUAAAUACUAGACCAGGCCCCAAACACUUCAUAACUAGCCAUUGCUUUCCACUAAACUCUCUUCAAGAUCAGAAAGAAACCAAGUUGAGGUCAUUGUUGUCUGCGGCAGACACUGAGUCCCUUUUCUACAAACUGGCAAACUCUCUCCACCAAGGGGAGGCACACUCAAAAAAGACAAGUUGGGUGAGGGAACAGAGGAUGUUUUCAGUCAUGCUUCUUAAUGUUUUUCAAUGCCACAAUGUGAUUCAGCCAAACGUCCUUCACACCUACUUAGAACAUGCAAGACUGAGGCCUUCGCCAAGACAAGCUCGAGUCUCACUAGUGGCAGGCAGUCUAAAAAGAGGAUAGAUGUUUGUGAGGUAUGACAUAAUUUCCUUUUGUCCUCUGCACAUUCCAAAUUAGCAUCACCGAACAAAAACUCAAAACUGUAUAUUCCCAAAAAUCUCACCCUCUCACUUUCUCAGAAACCAUUACAGAGACUCAUGCAGGGUCUAAAAUCUAAAUUGAUUUUGUUUUUAUUGUUGGGUAAUGUGUUUGUCAGCUGCCUUUGUAUCUUGACGUGCAAUAAAUAUAUAAUUUAACUUAAGAAUUGAGCAUGUAACAAACUAUGGCAGUACAUAAAACGUGCUGCUGGUGAAUGAAGCAACUUUCUCUUAAUACAUGUGGCAGGAAGUAUGGUUAAUGUUGAGUACAAGAUCUUGCACAAAACUUUUUUUUUUGUGAUUUUAAGCAAAUAAUUUAACUGCUAUGUCAUGUAAUCAUUCGUCAACUCUCUCGACUAUGCAAAAUCUAUUAACCUUUUCAUACUUUGCUGCAUGGCUCAGUUGAUUUUACAAUUUAAAACACCACAGUAAUCUUCUCAACUCCAAAGAGCAAUCUUGUUAGUUGGAGUUAAAACUCUCUGCGGAGCUUUCUCUUCAUUAACAAAACCCACUGCGUCAUUUUUACACAUGAGAGUGAUAAUUAAAAAGUAACACACAAAAAAUGUACUGGCCAGCUUUUAAGUAUGUGUGAAGUACAUAUAAGGUAUAUAUCUUGAUAGAUAUUGAGACAAAUAUAUUAUAGACUUUAAAAAUUCAAGGCUACUUUAAUUGUGGUUGGUAAUAGGAAGAAGCUUCAUUCCAUGAUAAAAGCCCAACAAUUGUUUAUCUGCAAAAUGGGCACUUGCAGACUCAAGGGAGAAGUUGUUCGAGCUGAACUAAUCCAAAACCAAAUAGAGGUAACCAUGGAGAAACCAGGGAGUGGCUGACAAGUAAAUAUAAGCCUUGUGUUAAUUAGAAAAUAAAUUACAUAUUCUCUUGAGAACUAUUAAAACAGUUUGACCCUGACUUUCACAAACAGCCAAACAAGUUAAUUUCCAGGAUACAAAGGAUGAAGUUAAGUCAUAAGCAAUAUACUGAGCCUGAGGGGAUUACGGUCAAACAUGGCCAAACAGGCCAAUGUACAGUUAACUCUUAAAGGUCUUUUCAGCUUGAUCCAGAGAUCUCUGAUUACAUUUUUAUCCCUAAUAUGCAACAGAUGUAUCGUUUAAUGUGCAAAAAAGGGUCCCAACAUGAAGGCAGACAUAGAAAUGACAACCAUAUACCAUACUUGUACUUGUACUUGGCCCCAAUUUGAACAACAGUCUCUUUUCAUUAUGCACCAUGAGCAGCACACUCCAGGAAACACUCGAAACAGAGUAAUAAAGGGUGACAACACAAGGUACCUUUGCCAUUAUCACUGACCUCUCUAAUCACAGGCCUAUGGGCCGUCCACGACUGUUCAGAUCCCCAGAUGAAGACAAACAUCUCCCUCCAGCAGAUGUAGCAUCCACCCUGUAAGAAAGAUGAUGAUUGAAUCCAGGUGUGGGAAGAGAUAAGUCCUGUAAAAAUGCAAUGGUGUGUGAGGUCAGAUGAGGAGGCCCAACAGCUGUAGAGCAACUGGAGGAAAUGUUAUCCCAAAGACAUCAAGAGAAAGAGCAGCGAGAUUAUCUAGUGAUGGAUUUAAUCAUUUUGGGGAACUGUUUGGUAUAUGGAAAAAAAAGGAAGGGAAAAUAUUAGUGGUCUCUGGCCUCACAGUCCAUCACUUACAGAAUAUCAGGCUGCGAAAGUGCUUGCACAUGGAAGAAUGCAGGAUUUUGGAGGAGAAUGCUUUGACAGGAGAAUUGGCUUAUUCAUGAGGAGAAGUUAUCAGGGGAGUUUGAAGGACAAGGUAACUGUAAUAGGCUGGGUAAAUCAUUAUAUAAGGCUUUGCAUGGGAAAAUCAGCUGGACUCUCCAAACAGUUACUUUGUCUUCUGGGGAACUUCAAAAGAGAUUAAAGAACCUCUGAAUGUUUGGUUUAAUGACUCAAUAAGAACUUUCCAAAGUCUUUAGAAACAAAUAAAGGGAUUGAAUGACUGAAUCCAACAGAUAAAACACACCCCAAAGAAAAUGUUUAUUUCACUGAGGCUCAGUGGGAAUAGUAGUAGUAGUAGCAACUGUUUUGUUUUACAGGGAUUCACUGUAAACAUCACAAAUAUGACAUAUUGGAGCUUUAUGUUUUUUUUAAAUCUUGUACCUUAGUUUGAAUAGUUUGACAUUGUGGGAAAUAAGCAUAUUUGUUUUCUUACUGAGAGUUGGAUGUGAAGAUUAAAAGCACUCGAAACAGCAGCGUAGUAGCAAGACAACUUUACAUGGAUUAAUUAGCCAAUAAUUAGUGAGCACUAAAUGUGCUGAAAGACAAGGACAUGCUGCAUUUAGCAGUCUCCUUACUAAGUAAAGCUAACCAGCUGCUGGUUGUAAUAUUCACCAUACUGUACAAACAUGAGAGUGGUUUCAGCGUGUUCAGUGUUCAGCAAGAAAACAAAUAGCACAUUUCCUAAAAAUGUUGAACUGUACCGAUGUCGAGUGCUUAACAACUGAUGUUUUCAACUCUAUUUUCAUCCCCUUCAUUCUACUGGGCUGGUUUGAAACAAUCAAAAUUUGAAAAGGGACUAUGUGAAGUUAAUUGUUUAACCUGAUUUUGUCUCUUUGUCACAAAAUUUCAGU